AUGAGGGAGAAUGAAGCGGUGAAACCGACAAUUCAAGCGGUGUACCUCGCAGCAGGGCUUUCUUCCCGGUUUGGCGGGCGCAUCAAGUGCCUCCAGGAGGUGGGUCGCCACGGCGAGACCCUCCUGGAACUCUCUGUUCGUCAACUCUGCGAGGCCUAUCCAGCGAUAUCGAGUCUCGUUUUCGUGGUGUCGGAGGCUACACACUUACCGAUUCACGCCCUCAUUGGCGAACAGUUUUAUGGGCUCCCAGUAUACUUUUGCGUGCAACGGGUACCGGCGUGGCGAAAACGACCGCUGGGCACCGUGGACGCACUGCUUGCGGCGCGGGAGCAUAUUCAUGGACCUUUCAUAGUGCUGAAUGGUGAUUCCUUAUACGGAGUGGCAGCUCUGUCACUGGUAUGCAAUCACAUUACGGCGGCGAAAACCGCGUGCAUGCCUGGAUACAAGUUGCGCGAAGUGCUGCCCAAGGAAGGGCGAGUUAACCGUGCCAUCGUUCAGACAGAUGAGCGACACCGAGUUUUAGAAAUUGUCGAACAGUACAACAUCGGCUUCGAAGAUAUUGAGGAAGGUCGCUAUACUGGCGACGAGCUCACGAGUAUGAACGUUUUCGGCUUCCACGAUACGAGCAUCUUCGCUCGGGCCGACGAGCGGUUUCGACGCUUUCUGUCCGAGCUGGAGGCACUGCGUGACGAUCAUCAUCUUCAGCAGCAGCAGCAGAGCGUGAAACGGUGUAGCACUGACGAGAACGACGUGUACGCGCACAAGGAAUACAUUCUGUCCACAAUGUUGAACGAGUUGCUCCACGACGCACAGAUCGAGCUCAUGGUGUUGUCGUGCAAUUCUAUUCGCACGCCGCUUGAGCUCACGAACCCGGGUGAUUUCGCGUUUGUGAAGAAUCAUCUCGAUCUUGUGGGUCUGUAG